UGACUAUUUAACCACAGAAUUUAUGCUUAAGAAAAAAUUUAAAUCAUCAAAGUAUGGAUGCUUUGCUUUUUGACGAAUCAUUGAAUAAAAUCUCAUUUCUAUUCCGAUACGGAGGAUUAUCAUUGGCAAGCAGAACAAGAACAACAACACAGACAGUGAAAAUACGUCUGUUAUAUUUAUUCAACUCCUUCUGGCUGAAUGUAGAUUUAGCCGGUGGAAUAUAUUGGUUCAUAGACGGCUUAAAAAAUGGAAAGAGCUUCAUUGAACUAACAUACAUUGCUCCUUGUAUAGCGCUCGCUUUUAUGGCAAAUAUAAAAUCUCUCUUCAUGAUCGUCAAUGAAACGCGAAUUGAUGAAAUGAUCGAUAUUCUAAGAUCGUUGGAAGUAACGGUGAAGAAUAGUAAGAGAGUUGAAAGCAAAGAAGAGAUUGUGGCGAGAGAAAAGAGUUUCUUGUACUGCGUGAUUAAAAUGCUUAAUAUAUUGAAUGUCGUAGUUGUUUUGACUUUCUCGAUCAGUCCGUUUGUUUUGAUGCUGAUUAAAUAUAUGAAGAUCAAGGAAUUAGAGCUUAUGUUACCGUUUUUUAUCAUUUAUCCAUUCGAUUCUUAUGAUAUUCGAUAUUGGCCUUUCGCUUAUUUGCAUCAAUUUUGGUCUGAAUGGGUGGUAAUUCUGGACAUCUGCAGUGCGGACUACUUCUUCUUCACAUGUUGCAGUCACAUCAGGACUCAGUUCUUACUUCUAGCGUAUGACCUUGAGAAUAUCAUCCCUGACCUUGACAAUAGUAUCACGCAGACAGCGGACAUAGCCUUUAAUAAGAAAUUUGUAGAGAUUAUCCGAAGACAUCAAGUGAUAAUAGGCGCUGCUAGGCUGCUCGAGGCAAUAUAUACAAAAUCAACACUCUACAACUUCACUUCGAGCUCAAUCCUCAUCUGUCUGACUGGAUUUAACGUUGUGGCUAUAGAAGACGUCGCACUCAUCGUAACAUUUCUGCUGUUUCUCUCAAUGUGUCUUCUGCAAGUAUUUUUCCUCUGCUUCUUUGGGGAUAUGCUGAUGAGAUCUAGUAUGAAAAUUAGCAAUGCAGCUUACAACAGCCGUUGGUACUCUGCUGACCCGGUUAUUGCCAAAUCAUUCCUGAUAGUUCUCACCAGAGCGCAGAAGCCUUGCAAGUUGACGGCUAUGGGAUUCGCUGACGUCAAUCUGAUGGCGUUCACAAGCGUAUUAAGUACUUCGUGGUCGUAUUUCUGUCUUUUGAACACCAUGUAUAAGCCAUCGUCUGUUUAA